AUGGAAAAUACUAACAGUUUUUUUUUUAGACCUACUGCUACUGUUCCUUUAAUGGCUUCUGUCACUAAAAACUUAGCCUUUGGUUUAACUAUAAGUACAUUAGCUGAACCUCCAUAUCAUUUAGCUAGAAGAUUAGCUACUUUAGAUCAUUUAUCAAAAGGUAGAAUUGGUUGGAACAUUGUUACAACAUUUACAAAUAGCGCUUCAAGAAAUAAUUUAAAUGGUCAAGAUCUUGCUGUUAAUACAGAUCGUUAUGCAAGAGCAGAUGAAUAUGUUGAUGUUAUUUAUGAGCUUUUAUUAUCAAGUUGGAGAGAUGAUGCUGUAUUAAAUGAUAAAGCUAAAAGAAUCUAUGCAGAUCCAGAUGGUAUUAGAAAAAUUAAUUUUGAAGGUAAACAUUUUACUGUCCCAGGUUAUCAAUUUACAGAACCUUCUCCACAAAGAUUACCUUUAAUUAUUCAAGCUGGUGGUUCUCCACCAGGUGAAAAAUUUGGUGCAAGAGUUGCAGAACUUGUAUUUGUGAAUGAAGAUACACCAGAAAAAUUAAGAACAAAGAUUGAUAGAAUUAAAAAACUUGCCCAUGAAGAAUAUGGUAGAAAUCCUGAUAAUUUAAAAUUUGUUUCAUUAAUUGAAGUUUAUAUCGCUGAGACUACAGAGGAAGCAUAUGCAAAAUUUGAAGAUAUUCUUCAAUAUGUUAGUGAAGAAGGUGCACAAGUUUUAUUUGGUGGUUGGACAGGUGUUGAUUUAAGUCCAUAUGAUUGGGAUGAAGAUUUAAGAAAAAUUGCAGAAGCAAAUCCAAGAUCUCAUUUAAAAUCAUUAGUUGCAUCACCAGUUAAAAUUACAAGAAGAGAUCUUGUUAAUAAAAUUACUGGUAAAACUAGUAAAACUACAUUCAUUGGUUCAGUUAAAGAAGUUGCAGAUCAAAUUGAAGAUUUAGUUGAUAAAUCUGGACUUGAUGGAUUUAAUUUUGCUUAUAAUUUAUGGCCAGGUAGUUUUGAAGAUAUUGUUGAUCUUUUAUUACCAGAAUUAAGAAAACGUGGAUUAGCAUGGGAUGAUUAUCCAGUUCAAAAUGGUACAUUUAGAGAAAAUUUUUAUGGUCAAAAAGGUCAAACUUUUGUACCUGAAGAUCAUUCAGCUUUUGGUUAUAAAUGGAAUUCAGGUGUUUCAAAAGAACAAUUUGAAAAAGAUUUAAAAGCUUAUAAAGAAAAAAAUAACAGAUUGUAA